AUGCCAACGCUCAAUGUGAAAUGGGGACGCGAAAAGUACACUGUCGAUGCAAACACGGAGGAUCCUCCAUUUGUCUUCAAAUCGCAACUUUUCGCUCUUACUGGUGUGCAGCCCGAUCGCCAAAAACUUGUCAUUAAGGGUAAAAUUCUUCCUGAUGAAUCGUGGGAGGGAAUUGCCAUCGCCGAAGGACUGACGAUCAUGAUGAUGGGCAGUGCUGAUGCCAUUCCGCAGGCACCCGUUUUGACAAGUGAAGAUCAAAGCGGUCAAGGUCAAAAGGCAAAGGAAUUGCCGAUGCCACUGGGGCUUAAAAACUUGGGAAACACGUGCUACAUGAACUCGGUCCUUCAAUCACUGCAGACUAUUCCCGAAUUAUCGGAAUGUCUGGAGAAGUAUUCGGGUGCCGAUGAUAAUCAAUCUACACGACUCCUCAAAUCCCUUCGAGAAACUUUCCGCUUCAUGCAAAAUAAGAAUCCAUCAUCUCUGAUUCCCAUGUCGAUUUUAUUCAAUUUGCAUGCUCAAUUUCCUCAAUUUGCUACAGUUGGUGAAAGAGGAGAGCCACAGCAACAAGACGCAAACGAAUGUUUCACCGAGCUUUUGCGAGUUGUGCUUAGUGGAAUCAAGGGAAUCAAACCAACUGGAUGGGACGCAUCGAUCGAAAGCUUUUUCCGUGGAAAAUACAGUGUUGAAUUGAAAAAUAUGGAAAAUCCUGAUGAGCCAGCACAAAAUUCUCACGAAGACUUUUACCAACUCUCGUGUUUUCUUUCGCAAGAGGUGAAAUACGUGCAAACCGGCCUGAAAGAGAAGCUAACCGAAGAAAUAGAGAAGCAUAGUCCAUCUCUCGACAGAAAUGCAAAGUACCAGAAAAAGAUCACAAUUGAUAGACUUCCAGCUUAUGUGUCGGUGCAAAUGGUUCGCUUCUUCUACAAGGAAAAUGUUGGGACUAACGCAAAAAUCCUUAAAGAUGUCAAGUUCCCAUUGGUCCUUGAUCUACACGAUUUGUGUACACCAAAGCUUCAGGAGCGUUGCCGCCCGCACCGUGACGCAUUCAAGGCGGAUGAAGAUGCCAAGCUCGAAAGACUUCGUCGUAAGAAGCUAGAAGAUCCCGCUACCAGGGAAGAUGAUGGCGAACCUUUGCCUUUCUCAUUUGAAGAUGAUCCCGGAAGCAACAAUAGUGCAUUCUACGAAUUGCAAGCUGUGAUUACGCACAAGGGACGCUCAUCCGACAGCGGGCAUUAUGUUGCAUGGGUUCGAAUCAAAGGCGAUAAAUGGGCUAUGUGCGAUGAUGAUGAAGUUCAUGAAAUCACUUCUCAGGAGGUUUUGAAACUAUCCGGUGGUGGUGACUGGCAUACCGCCUAUGUACUGCUUUACGGGCCUCGUAUCUGCCAUAAGGAUAAAGCGGAAGCAGAAGAAAACGUUGAGGCACAAAAUGUGGCAACCACAAUGGAAUCU